CUAUCUUAAGCCGUACUAUAUCUAAGAGGGAAGCCCCGGCUUACCUCCUGCUUUUCAUUCCACCCCAUCCCAGCUCGCCAGCUCGUCUCGUCACGAACGCCGCCUAUAUUUCAUUCCCACGCCUUGCAAUGCAAAUCUUUUUCCACGAACAGAUCAAUGGAGUGCCGUCCCUGACCGAGACAGGAUGACCCCGUCGUUGGCACCCUCCCCGCCGGCGCCGUUGUCUGCGCACCACGACAUGCGCUCGCCGAGGGUGGCGCCACCCCCAUUGCCUCCGCCGCUGGCCGUGGAUGUGGCCGUCAUCGUGGGCGUCCUCACGGCCGUGCUCCUGGGCCUCUUCCUCUUCCUCAUCUACGCCAAGCACUGCAAGCACCGCGCUGGCCCCGGCGGCGGGCUCGGCGUGCCCGGGCUUGGACUCGGGUUCGCGUCCUCCUCGUGCGAGCGGUGCCGCUCCGGGCUGAGCAGCUCCGUGCUGGGCGCGCUCCCGGCCGUCCGGUUCGGCGACAUGGGCGCCGCGGCGGCGGGCCGCGCGACCGAGUGCGCAGUGUGCCUGGUCGCGUUCGACGCGGCCGAGCUUCUCUGUGUCCUGCCCUGGUGCCGGCACGCGUUCCACGCGGAGUGCGUCGACACGUGGCUGCAGGAGCAUUCAACGUGCCCGGUCUGCCGCCGGCGCGUGGGCAAGGAGGGCGUCUCCGUCGCGCUCCCCGAGCUGGAGCUGACAACACGUCUGGACGCCGGCGAGGGCUCCGGUGACCCGGCUCCAGUCACAGGGAGGGUGCCCGGCCGGCACUCGGCCGGCGAGGCCGAGGUGCAGGUAGUUGUGCACCGGCCGUGUGACCAGCCGAGAGAGCGGUGGUCGACGGACGGCUUGGUGGAUCGGGUCGCGUAUCUCAAGGCGGCGGGGCAUCGGCGGGACAUGCUCUUUCUAGCAGAGAGCGCGCACGGAUCGCGUGGCUCCCGCGGCAUUAUCGCGCGCCUCGCGCCACACUGUCUAGCUAGCUCGACGCUGCAUUUAUCUGCUCCUCCUUGAUCUUGCAUUACUGCUUGUGUACAGAGAACGUUCUUGGGCAAGCUCUUUGAUAGCUAGGCUGAUGCUCGUUCAUCGAUCGCGUGCAUGUUUAUACUAGACUAGUCGGUGACAACGUCGGUAGGAUACGAAACAGCCAUAGGGUAAAUAAUGGAAAAUGCGUGUAAUCUUGAUGUGCCAAUGAUAUCAUGUAGACCACUGAUGG